CAAUAAUGGAAUUAGAAUUCGCUGAUUGCAUGACCAAAUGUGUAGGUGAGAGUAUCGAUAACAUUGAAAGAUGGUUGAAAAAAGCCAAAUCUGCAACUGAAUGUGUAACGAAAUGCGUAGUCGACACAAUAAAGCAAACAGCACUUAUGCGCGUAACGUCAGAAUAUAUCAAAUCAAAUGACUUUGUCCAGUGCCUGAAAGAUUGCGCCUUGCAAAAAGCGAAUCCUCUGUGGAUCGUUUGGGGGAUCGUUUUGUGCAACAUCCAUUGGCAGUGCUGGCUUCUGAGAAUAGGAAUCAUCGCAACGAAAUGUCUCUUCGAAUGUGUUCAAG